AUAGGUACUCAUUUUUCAUUUUUGUUUAGGAAAGAGAGAAAAAAGGCUUUAGCAUUGGACGUGUCCCUUCCUUUCAUUCAGGCGCCCUCUUCUGAAACCCAUCUCUCUUUUUUUCUCUUUCUCUCUCCUCCUCCCUCGUUCUUCUUCAUCUCCGUGGGCUUCGAUUUCGAGGCCUCGAAAUUCCAUCAUUCUUCAUCUUUUUUUGAUCUUUCUCUGUAAUCCGCUGUUUUCGAUUCUGUAUUGUUUAUAGAUCUGUCGAUUGUUGUUUUCGCGAAUUGCUUUUUCGUUGAGCUGCGCGGAACUGAAUCUUGAUUCAAUAUUUCGGAUUUUAGGGUUUGAAUGCUCUUGAAUCAAUCGCCGAUUUGUUGUGGUUAUAGUCGAAAUUGCGAAGAGAUUUGUGGCUCCUCGCUAUUGUUGCUGUUGAUUGUUUAGGGUUUGGCGGAUUCCAUCGUUUUUGCAUGUUGUUACGCGGUUUUGUUGAGAAAUAUUUGGUAAUUUUGUGAAUGGAGAUGGAUUUUAAUGGAGAUUUGGUUGCCCUCGACGCUGAGCUCCUGCAGUUGCCCGAGGUUUCGCCUUUGGCUCUUAAAUCAAACCCGUAUAUUGCGCAAGACCUUUUUGAGCAGUGGCUUUCGCUCCCCGAAACCAAUCGCCUGGUGAAAUCACUAGUCAAUGACGCAAAGGCUGGGAAUCCUUUAAAUGUCGCCGGAAAUGCUUCUAGUACAAAUGCUGCUGCUAGCAAUUCAAUACCAUCCAUGUUCCCUGCUGGGAGUGCACCUCCACUCUCACCGAGAAGCUCAUCAGGUUCACCUCGUGUUAUGAAACAGAGGGCAGGUCCUUCUUCCUUAGGAAGCCCUCUUAAAGUAUUGAGUGAGCCAGUGAAAGAGCUGAUACCGCCGUUCUAUUUCCAGAAUGGCCGUCCAGCACCUAAGGAACUAAAGGAGAGAUGUUUGUUUAGAAUAAAUCAGUUUUUUUAUGGUCAUACAGAGGGCUUGCCAAUGAAUGAGUUCAAAGCUGUUACAAAGGAAAUAUGUAAGCUGCCAUCCUUCUUCUCUACCGUCCUUUUCCAAAAGAUUGAUGUCAACGGUACAGGAUUUGUCACCAGGGAUGCUUUUGUUGGUUAUUGGGUCAACGGUAACUUGUUGACCAUGGACAUAGCUACCCAAAUAUAUAUUAUCAUGAAGCAACCAGACAGCAAAUUUUUGACACAGGAUGACUUCAAGCCUGUUCUUCGAGAACUUUUGUCAACUCAUCCAGGAUUGGAAUUCUUGCAGAGUACGCCAGAGUUUCAGGAGAGAUAUGCGGAAACUGUAAUAUACAGAAUUUUUUACUACAUUAACAGAGCGGGAAAUGGUCAGCUAACCCUCAGGGAGCUGAAGCGUGGAAAUUUAGUUGCUGCUAUGCAACAAGCUGAUGAAGAAGAGGACAUCAACAAAGUUCUGAGGUAUUUCUCCUAUGAGCACUUCUAUGUGAUAUAUUGCAAGUUUUGGGAGUUGGACACAGAUCACGAUUUCUUCAUUGAUAAAGAGAACCUUAUAAGAUAUGGGAACCAUGCACUUACUUACAGGAUUGUUGAUAGAAUAUUUUCACAGGUUCCCAGAAAGUUCACCAGUACUGUUGAGGGCAAGAUGGGAUAUGAAGAUUUUGUUUACUUCAUAUUGGCGGAAGAAGAUAAAUCAUCAGAACCCAGUCUUGAAUAUUGGUUCAAAUGCAUAGAUCUGGAUGGAAAUGGCAUUAUCACCAGGAACGAAAUGCAAUUCUUUUAUGAGGAGCAGUUGCAUCGAAUGGAGUGCAUGGCUCAAGAACCUGUGCUUUUUGAAGAUAUAUUAUGUCAGAUCAUUGAUAUGAUUGGACCUGAGAAUGAGAGUUACUUCACCAUCCGUGAUCUGAAAGGAAGUAAACUUUCAGGAAGCGUGUUUAAUAUCCUCUUUAAUCUAAACAAGUUUAUGGCCUUUGAAACUCGUGAUCCGUUCCUUAUUCGCCAGGAGAGGGAAAAUCCAACCUUGACCGACUGGGAUCGGUUUGCACAUAGAGAGUAUAUAAGACUUUCGAUGGAAGAAGAUGUUGAAGAUGCUUCUAAUGGAAGUGCAGAAGUUUGGGAUGAAUCUCUCGAGGCUCCCUUUUGAGUUAGAUAUGUUGCUUCACCUCAAGAUGCGAGUUCUUUCAUAAAGCAGGCCAUCGGAUGGAACAUUGUCAAUUUAAUGGAGUUGGGCGGCCUAGUUGACGACACACAUCUUCAUCAGAUACAGAUGCUUUAGCCGGGGCUAAUUGAUGUAUACCUUAAUAUAAGACGCCUUGAAGAUUUUUUAUCAGAUAACAAGCAGUGCUUAGUUUGUCGGCUCCACAUCGGAUUCCGCUGGCCUCCUUGGAGAAGAGGAGCGGUCAUUUGCUGACAGGUGAUUUAGUUGAAACCAGGAAAUGGUAGUUUUAGAACAUUUGGCAAUUCUUUUGGGUCUUCGCUGUAAGAUGUCGUUUGGUCUUGUCUUUUUUUCUUUUUUAACCUUUUUCUCAUCUAUUCUUUCAAUUAAAAAUUUUAUGUACUCGCGUCUUUUAAGGAGGUUAUUUAUGUAUUAAAGAAGUCCCUUGUUAUUGAAAAUGGCUGGGUUUCUUGAUA